CGUUGUGACGAGUCGGAACCAGGAAGUACAUUUACGAGGCGGCACAACAGGAGGCGUAACAUUUUUUUCCCCCCCAACCGUGCUUUUCCACGCUAGCGUGUUGACAUUGAUGGCAUGUAAAAGCUGGCGGAACAAACCACUUCUCUGGGACUCGGACGCACACACAGCUGAGGAACAAUGGGCGUCGAGAAGGUAAGCGUGGCGUUCAAACUGUACUGCCUGACGGUGAUGACGGUGGUGGCCGCCGCAUACACGGUGGCUAUGCGGUACACGCGGACCGCCUCAUCCGGUGACCUGUACUUCUCCACCACAGCCGUGUGCAUCACCGAGGUCUUUAAGUUACUACUCAGCACUGGGAUGCUGGCAAAAGAAUCAGGAAGCCUGACGAAGCUGGUGAGCACCAUCAAGGAGCAUGUGUUCUGCAACCCCAGAGAGCUGCUGAAACUGAGCGUACCAUCGAUAGUGUACGCCAUCCAGAACAACAUGGCCUUCCUGGCGUUGAGUAACCUGGAUGCUGCAAUUUAUCAGGUGACGUAUCAGCUGAAGAUCCCGUGCACGGCGCUCUGCAUGGUCCUAAUGCUGAGGCGCACUCUCAGCAGGUUGCAGUGGUUCGCCAUCGCCAUGCUCUGUGGAGGCGUCAUGUUGGUGCAAUGGAAGCCUGUAGAUGCCACUAAAGUCCCGGUUGAGCAAAACCCUUUUGUUGGCUUCAUGGCCAUCGCUAUUGCGGUCCUUUGCUCUGGGUUUGCAGGUGUGUACUUCGAGAAGGUCCUGAAGAGCUCCGACACAUCCUUGUGGGUGAGAAACAUCCAGAUGUACAUAUCUGGCAUCGUGAUCACCAUGCUGGCCGUGCUACUGAACGAUGGCCAGAAGGUCGUGGAGAAAGGCUUCUUCUUCGGUUACACGCCCUAUGUGUGCUUUGUCGUAUUCCUGGCCAGCGUAGGAGGUCUGUACACGUCUGUCGUGGUGAAAUACACGGACAACAUCAUGAAGGGCUUCUCUGCCGCCGCCGCCAUCGUUCUGUCCACCGUGGCGUCAGUCGUCUUGUUUGGACUGCACAUAACGACCACAUUUGCAUCAGGAGCCAUCUUGGUGUGCGUGUCCAUCUAUCUGUACGGCCUUCCAAAGCAGGACACAUCCAAGCUGAGUGUGAAGGACAGCGAGCAGGAGGCCAAACAGAAACUAAUUAGUGUGUGAGACCCUGAUCCAGCGAGGAGGAUGAAGGAUCCAAGUAGGGAACAACUUUUUCAGUUUUUCCUAACAAACACAGAGUUUAUCAACUUGACACUUUUUUUCCUCUCCAAAUAAUGGAAGUUCUGUUAAAUCAAGAUUUAAAGGCACUUUUUUUUAUUGGGCAUCCUGACAGAUAAUGACUUUCUGGUAUUUUCACGCCUUCUUGUGUGGGAUGUCUAAACUUGAGGGCGGAGUUACUCAAAGAUGAGUAAAUAGUAAAGACUCAACUUUUUCAUUUACAUACAGUGCAUUCAAUAAGCUUCACUUUUUCCACAUUUUGUUGUGUUACACUUAUUCCAAAGUGGAAUAAAUUAAUUUGUCUUCAAAAUUCUACAAGCAACACUAUUAUGAGAAUGAAGUUAUUUUUUAAAUUAGCAUAUUUAUUAAAACCAAAAAAAAGUUGCAUGUACAUAAGUAUUCACAGCCUUUGCUCAAUACUUUGUUGAUGCACCUUUAGCAGCAAUUACAGCCUCAAGUCUUUUUUGAAUACAAUGUCACAAGCUUGGCACACCUAUCUUUGGGCAGUUUCACUCAUUCCUCUUUGCUGCGCCAUUCUCCGCCAACCUGGUGGUAUUUUAGCUAAAUGUGCAUCAACAAAGUAUUGAGCAAAAGCUUAUGUACAUGUGAUGAUUUAAUAAAUGUUUACAUUGUCUUUUGGGGGUAUUGUGUGUAGAAUAGUUUUUUUCUAUUUUGGAAUAAGGCUGUUGUAACAUAACAAAAUGUGAAAAACAGUGAGUACUUUCCGGAUGCACUGUAUGUUGCAAAGUUACUAGACACAAUACGGACCAACAACUGCAUUGAUGGUUUCUUUUACAUCUAAAAUAUGAUUAAUGGGUCAAAUAUUUUAUCACCAGUUUAUAGAAAUCAAAUAUGGGUGUUUUUUCAAUUGAAAAUGAUAAAGGCAAAUAGUGGUGUACAUAUUACAAUAUACAAUUCUGAAUGUAUAAAAAAAAGCUUUGUACUUGAAAUGACAUUACAUGUAUGUAUAUGUUCUAUUUUGUGUCACAUCAGUUUAAAAAACAAAGACAAUUGAAUGGAAGUAUAUCACAAAAAGCUGCCACUGAUUUGACUUGCAAUUGCAUGCAAGUGGAGGAAGAUAUUGUUAGGUUUUUACUGGUAUAAACAUGUGACAGCUUAGCAUUAUUAAUUCAAUACCAGCCAAGUUACACUUUUGUAGUAUUUUAUUCAAGAAGUCCUAUUUACAUUUUGUCGACUGGUGUGAUGCCAAGAAUUCUCAUCCCGUCAGCCAGAACCGAGCAGGACCCGCUGAAAAGUCGUAGUCUUGCCUGUUUGCGUUGAGAAAAUGACAGAAGUUCACUUAAAUUAUUAGAAUGUUGGUGCUGAAGAUGAAGUAAAAAGUGCUAUCAAGCAAUCUUAUUAAUGGUGAAGUAUGUUUCCUUUCAACUGUUGUUAAGCACCUUGUGUUGCUGUGUAUGAAACAUCUGUAUAAAGUCUUCAUUAAUUGACCUAAUAUAGCAACAACAAAUGGGUCAUCUUCAUUUUCAUGCAUUUAUUGUUAUAAGUGAUUCAAGUUAAACGGGAACUUUUUGGAAUUUUGCCUAUCGUUCACAAUAUGAAAGACAUGACAGAGGAUGGAUUAAAUAAGUUAAAUAUUUAUCAAAUAAAGUCCUACACAGCAUAGCCAAUAGGAGCUCCACUAUUCCGCCCAUAAAAUCCGAUAACCAUUCAAAAAUAUUACGUGUAUGUAUGUGUAUAUAUAUAUGUAUAGCAGUAUGAGUGAUAGUUAUUAUAAACGCUAACGUAGAUAAACUAUAGCGGCGUGGUCAUCACUUCUGUGUGCCUAUGUUUACAUCAUCCAGUGGUCUGCUGCAUGUAACUUUAUUGCAGAUCAUAAAUCAUGCAUCUCACCUGGACAGAAUACGUUUGACAGCCAUUUAGGACCCGGAAAUGGCGAGAAAGACGUUUUGCCCCCCCCCCCCCAAAACCCUGCUUCUUUGUGAGUAUUAUGAGUCAUUCUUCACCUAAAAGGGAAUAUAUGAACAUCCCAGCAGUCGCCAUCCUAAUGACAGCAGACAUUAGUGAUGUUUUACGUUUGAGUAAUAAUCAGUGAUGAAGAAAAAAAAAAGCAAAUGUUGUGAUGCAUUUGUGAAAUUAAUGUGCUGUGUAUCCUUAAAAUGAUCAAAAUAUGUAAGUGAAUAUUAUAAAUGUGCCCGUGACUACAUUACAUAAAUACUUAUCAAUGGAGAAGUUUGGAUGUUAUUGACAGAAUUAAACAGCUUCAUUGUUAGCAGACUUUUGAUCAAAUGUAUUUAAUAUUUAGAAAUCUGUAAUAUCUUUCAUGAUUGUGAAUGAUAGGCAAAAUUCCCCAAAAAGUGCAGUACCCGUUUAAGUCAAAGAUCAUUAAGUAUAAUAUAUAUAUAUAUAUAUAUAUAUAUUCAUUCUGCCAGGCACACUUUUGAGAAAACCACUUAUCAAUCCAUUUGGUUAUAAAAUAAUAAACUUUUAUGGUUGAUUUUCA